GCUGUCAAAACAAAAAGUCUGGAGAACUUUUAUUUUGGUUGCAAGUUUUGCUGUGAUACGGUGAUACGCAAUGUCGCAAAUAUCUUCAAAUUUUCUUAAAAAUUCUUUCCAAAAUGGAAAGUUUAGCUGCCUUAAAAAUCCUGUCCAGUGCAAACACACGGCCGCCAAUCCUUUGGUAAAGAUCCGAGAGCGGCUGGAAAGUGGCCCCAGUUUUCAGGACUUUGUUCAGAACCCGUCGUAUAAUCGGGAAGAUUGGACCACAUACGAGGGUAAGCUGCGGCGCGAAAAGGGUGAAAACGAUAGGCUCCGAUUGCCACCCUGGCUGAAGACGAAGAUUCCGAUGGGGAAAAAUUUCAACCGCAUCAAGGAACAGCUGCGUGAGCUGAAGCUGGCCACGGUUUGCGAGGAGGCCAAGUGUCCAAACAUUGGCGAAUGCUGGGGAGGAGGAGAGCAUGGCACGCAGACCGCGACCAUCAUGCUUAUGGGAGAUACGUGCACUAGAGGAUGUCGUUUCUGUAGUGUUAAGACUGCAAGAAUUCCACCUCCUCUGGAUCCAGCGGAACCGACAAAUACGGCUUCUGCCAUCGCAUCCUGGGGACUGGAUUACAUCGUUCUUACAUCGGUCGAUCGUGAUGAUUUGUCAGAUGGAGGAUGCAAUCACAUUGCGGCCACAAUUCGAGAAAUUAAAAAACAAAAUCCACGAAUCUUUGUGGAAUGCUUGGCACCGGACUUCCGAGGUGAUCUGGAGUGCGUCAAAGUGGUGGCUAACUCCGGUCUGGAUGUUUAUGCCCACAACAUCGAAACGGUGGAAGCUCUGACGCCUUUUGUACGCGACCGACGUGCCCGUUAUCGGCAGAGUUUGAAGGUGUUAGAAAGCAUCAAAGAGAUCAACCCUAGCAUGAUAACGAAAACUUCGAUUAUGUUGGGACUUGGUGAAACCGAUGAACAGAUUGAACAGACUUUGAAGGAUCUUCGUUCCGUCGGGGUAGAUUGUCUCACCCUGGGCCAAUAUAUGCAACCCACCAAGCGCCAUCUGAAGGUCAUCGAGUACGUUACACCGGAAAAGUUUAAACAUUGGGAAACUCGCGGCAAUGAGCUCGGGUUUUUAUACACGGCAAGUGGUCCCCUGGUCAGAAGUUCCUACAAAGCGGGAGAAUUUUUCAUUACGAGCAUAUUGAAGAAUCGAGCCGAAGAAAGCGAGAAACGCAAAGCAGCAGCAGCGAAACAAGGAGUACAGUCAAAAGAAACAUAAAUGAUGAUCAUUUAGGGAAAAACAUAACGAGUGUCUUUUUUUUACAAUCGAUGGAAAAAAUUGUCAUGGUUGGAACGCAGUGUUGUGUUGGACAUUCAUGGAGCAAGAAUACAAAGUGUCAUUGACUAUUUUGAAACUCAUUUGAGAUCCUAACUCUAGUUUGCAAAACGAUAUUAAAUAUAUAUUUAUCUCAUAUUUGUUAUUUUAUCACAUAUAUUACUGUUUGUAAUAGUAGUCAAUUGUUAUGAGAAUAAAGAUAGUGGAUAAAGCACGUAAACGACUAGCAAAA